UUCACCCUGUUCUUCAAUGGUCAGGACCCCCACAGGACGACCACAGAACAGGUAUUGUAUGGGUGGUGGAUCAUUCUGAGUACUGCACAGACACACAUCAGUGCGUGGGCGUGCUGGGGGCUUUUCCUUCAUGUAAUAAAUUCCUGUAAACUCAAAGUCUUGGCCCGUGCAGUGUGCUUGCCGGUCGAUGAGCGCGGCCGCCAGCAGAGGGCGCCCGCAUCCUCAGGUCAGCCUGCUGUCAGCGGGAGCGAGAUGCCGCAGUUGUCAGGGCAAUGGCGUCUUAUCUCCUGCGAAGUGCUCUCUGCGGCACUGGGAGAUGUUGCUGUGAGCGAGUGAAAGAGCUAAACAGUUGAGCAGAUUCAUAAAACUGCUUUACAGCGAAACGUUUUAAAGGACGAAUUUUAACAAUGUCAUCAAGCGAUGCAGCUGUCCGGAUUUCUGGAUGUUCUCAGUUAUGAGCACUGAAAAUUACGCCGCACCGUAAAUGAGAAUGUAAAUGUUGACGCCUGUGAACGCGCUGUGAGUACAGAGCUUUUUUGCUUAGGUUAGCAAGCUAGCUUGUGAGAAACUGUACGCAAGUGUUCCUAAAGCCGAGAGUACUCCUGUAAAUCUACGGACAGUUUAAACGAAUGUGACUUGGUAUCGAACUUUGGUUAAUAUCUUUUUAUUUAUUUGACUUGUCUUUCAUUAGCUCUAGUAGGUUAGCUGAGCAGCUAGCUGUGUGACGUAUGUAUGUUUUCAUGCGUGAACUUUCAGCAGCUGCAGCCACCAGCUGUGGCGGAGAGAGAGCCUCUGAUACAGACCUGCUCCGCGCAGGAUCCGCUCGUGUAGCUGAACUAAACAACAACUAAAUGUGACUAAAUGUAUCUCCGCCGAUAAGCAGAAAAAUGAUGGAACCUCAGGAAAAUACAAACGAUGACUCCGCACCAUCACCAGCUCCGCCGCCGUUACCCCGAGAGAGAAUCCCGGUGCAGAAAAGCAGUGUGUGUUCACGGUCCUACUUUAUGGUCGUCAUGGUCUUCUUCCACGUGUACGUCCUCAAUGUUAUUGCACUGCUGCUGUACGUGCAUUACAACAGCGGGUCGGAGGCGGGCAGCUCCAGCAGAGACUUCAGCAGCAGGAGCAGCGGCCACAAAGUAGCAGAACCACUGGAUCCGCAGCCUGCUGACCCUGGAUUUACACGAAGAAUGCACCUUCCUCGGAUUGAAGGAAUACGGGUGGGCCAUGUCCAAAAAGUUUCUCUGGUGCCAGGAAAGAUGCAUGAGAUGAAGACCCUCAGUCUAAAGCCCCUGCUCUUUGAAAUCCCUCAUUUCCUCUCAGAGGAGGAGUGUGCUGUGGUGGUGCGUCUGGCUCAGCUGAAGGGCCUGAUGGAGAGUCAGGUAAUGGUGCCUGAGGGACAGGAGGAGCUAAACCAGCAACUCAACCUCAGCCCUGAAGAAAUCUUCCAUUUGCUUGACCUCAACCAGGAUGGCCAGCUGCAGCCACAUGAGAUUUUGACACAUUCUCGAGUGAGAGAUGGAAUCUGGUUGACUCCUGAGAAUCUUAGGGAGAUCUAUGCUGGCCUCAAAGCUGACCAUGAUGGGAAUGGCCUGUUAAGUUUGGAGGAAUUUGGGCAGCUGAGCAAUGAUGCAUUCCAGCGUUUUCUUCUUCAGCGUGGUGUAAAGAGGAGCCAGUUGGUGAGGAACAGCAGGCACACAUGGCUGUAUCAGGGACAAGGAGCACACCAGGUCCUUAGAGACCUCCGCAACAGAGUCAUACGUUUAACAAGGCUCCCACCUUCUUUGGUGGAGUUGAGUGAGCCUCUUCAAGUAGUGCGCUACGAGCAAGGCGGUCAUUACCAUGCUCAUCAUGACAGUGGACCGGUCUACCCUGAGACAACCUGUACACACACUCGGCUUGCUGCCAACACCACCUCACCCUUCCAAACGUCCUGCAGGUAUAUCACUGUACUGUUCUACCUGAAUAAUGUAGAGGAAGGAGGUGAAACCACUUUUCCUGUGGCAGACAACAGGACCUAUGAGGAAGUGUCACUUAUACAAAAUGAUGUGGAUCUGUUGGACACUAGGAAGCACUGUGAUAAAGGCAACCUAAGAGUAAAGCCCAUCAAGGGGACAGCAGUGUUUUGGUACAACUACCUCUCUGAUGGCAGAGGCUGGGUGGGUGAACAAGAUGAGUACUCCCUACAUGGAGGCUGUGUGGUUACUCGAGGAACAAAAUGGGUGGCCAACAAUUGGAUCAACGUAGACCCCGACUAUCAUCGACAGACCCGCUAUCAGCAGCUCGUCUCUCAGCAGGAGACUCAGGAGCAGCAACUAGAGACAAACCCAGAGCAGAAUACAGACACACACCAAGACCUGUAAAUACACACACACAUAGAAAAACACAGUGUUAGAACAUGAACACGCACAUACACACUCAGGCACAAACCAUAACCUGCAAACACAUGCAUGUUUAUUGGCACACAGAAACACACUACACACUUAAUUACAUGUACACCAGAGGUGUUCAAAUCCAGUCAUUUCAGCUUCAUGGUGAUUCUCCUGAAAAGGCUUACCUUAUUCAACUCAUUUGGUAAUUGCCAGGUUUAGUUGAUGUGCUAGAGCAGUCAAAUCACCAAACCUGGCUGGAUACUGGACAUACAUAUGCACUCAAACACAUUCUGUCUGUUUCUGUACUCGUUUUAAAAUGCGCCUGUUAAACUUGGACUCAUCAUUUCCCCUCUGAGAAAUACUCAAUGCCAUGUUAAGAUCCAUUCCAUUACCUUAUUAAUUCAAGUGAAGUUAGCUAGGUCUGCCCUUCAAGAGGCGAGUGAACAUAAGUGUCACUUUAGCUGGAGAACUUGCCCUGGGCUAUGAUGCAAUUACUUUUUCAAAGAACAAAGCUUUUUAUAAGCCAUAGCAAUAAAAUAUGAAAUCAUUCACAGUUAAAAACUAUAAAAUUCAAUUUGCAGUGCUCUCUUUUUAUGUUCAGACAGCUCCCUCUGUUAUAUGACUGCCAGUCUGCUGACUUGUUUGUUAGCAAGCUAAAGGCUACACAGCUAGCAAGAACGAAAAGAAAAG